CUCAGGUCAGGCAGCUGCGGGUCAGUAAUCUGGGCCGAACUGAUGCUCUGCAGGUCAGCUGGGACGCUGCGUUGGGUCAGCUGGAUCUGUACCGUGUGCUGCUGAUCCAGGACAGUGUGGUGGUGCGGAAUGAGAGUGUGCUGCCCAACACCACCACACUCCUCUUCCAGAGCCUGAGACCCGGCGCUCUGUACCGAGCGGUGGUGACGACUGCGCACCGCAGCGCUCGCUCCCGGCAGAUGGUGGCAGAGGGACGCACCGUUCCAGCUGCGGUCAGAGACGUGUCGGUCAGCAAUAACGGCCGUAUGGAUUUCCUGAGUGUGUCCUGGCGAGCGGCUGAGGGAGAUGUGGACAGUUACUGGGUGAGUCUGCGGGAUCGGGAGCGCACCGUACACACUCUCACCGUCUCCAAGGUCAGCACAGAGUGUGUGUUCAAGUCUUUGGUAUCGGGGCGUCUCUACAACAUCUCCAUCACCUCCCGCAGUGGAGAAUUUGAGAACCACACGGCGGUUCAGGAGCGCACGCAACCAUCCCCGGUGCUGAACCCCACCGCCACACACAUGGCCGAAGAACAGCUCCUGAAGGUGUACUGGCGCCAUGCGGAAGGAGACUUUGACUACUAUCAUGUCUCCAUAAAGCACAAUAACAUCUUCCACCAGAACCGGACGGUCCCCAAGAGCCAGAAUGAGUAUGUGUUCAGUGGGCUGGUGCCGGGCCGGCUCUACAUGGUGACCGUCAGCACAUGGAGUGGAAAAUAUGAGUCCAGUGUCUCGACUCACGGAAGCACCUUGCCCGCAAGAGUGCAGAACCUGUCUCUAGCAGACAGCGGCACUGAGGAUCUGCUGGUCACCUGGGCUUCUGCUCCUGGAGAUGUGGAUCAUUAUGAAGUCCAGCUGCUGUUUAAUGACAUGAAGGUGUUUCCGCCCAUCACUCUGACCAGCAGCACCACGCAGUACCUGCUGUCCUCACUCACUCCUGGCCGACUCUACAAGAUCCUGGUGUCCACCUUCAGCGGGCCCAAUUCCCAGUACAGUGAAGAACAUCCACAUCAGUAACGAAGGUCAGAGCAGCAGUCUGCGGGUCAGCUGGACACCGGGGCAGGGUGAUGUGGACCGAUACACUGUGUCUCUGUCUCCGGGCCAGGAGAGAUUCGUCCCCAAACACGUCAACGAGGUCAGCUUCCAGCAUCUGCAGCCCGGACAGCAGUACAACAUCACUGUUACGUCAAUCAGCGGAUCUCUGAUCAACAACAGCACAGCAACAGGACGAACAGUUCCCUCUCCCGUGUCGGCUCUACAGCUGGAGGAGCAGCGCAGCACCUCCACCCUCUCGGUGUUUUGGCAGGCGGGUCAAGGAGUGUUCGACAGCUUUCGUCUGCAGCUGCUGGAUGAGAGAGGAACACUGGUGUCCAACAUCUCCACAGCGGCACAGGCCAUUCAGCACACCUUCACACACCUCACACCAGGGAAACCCUACCGCGUCCUGAUCCGGGCCCUCAGCGGAGGAGUCAGCAGCAAUGAUGUGGAGGUCGAGGGCAGAACCUGUCCGGCGACUGUCAGUGACUUGUCCGUGAUCAGCAACACCACCACCAGCCUGUCGUUCCGCUGGGCUCCGCCGGUCGGAGAGUUUGAUGGAUUUGAUGUUCUUCUGUAUGAUGAAGAUGAAAGAUUGCUUGAUCAGAAAUCAGGAGUCAUGCAGGACUGCUCCUUCCUGAACCUUCGACCUGGGCUGCUGUAUAAAGUGCUGAUCUUCACCCGCAGUGGAGAUCAAACCAACAGCACGUCUAUCUGGGCCCGCACAGUUCCUGCAGCGGUGACGUUCCUGCACGCCGACAGCAGACGGAGCUCUGAGAGUCUGUGGCUGAGCUGGAAGCAGCCCGCGGGGGCUGUGAGCAGCUACACCCUCCUGAUCCUCAACCCUGAUGGGACCCGGACUGCAGAGCAAAGCCUGGGGCCCGACAGCCGGAGCCAUCAGUUCCAGAGCCUGGUGUCGGGACGCCUCUACCAGGCUGUGGUUCUUACACACAGUGGAGAUCUCACCAACAUGGCAACCACCAGCGACAGGACAGACCCCAAGCCUCCAGUCUCAUUCUCCUUUGGGGAAAUCACCAACACCUCAUUGGAGAUCACCUGGAGCGCUCCAGAAAACACAGAUUAUGAUGACUUUGACCUUCAGUGGAGCCCCAGGGACCAUCUGUCUGUGUUCAACCCCUACCACAGUCCCACAUCCGCCAACCGGAUCCUGAAAGGGAUGCACCCCGGACGCCAGUACAACAUCAGCCUCCGCACGGUCAGCGGUGCUGGAACCAACAACCCCAGGGUUCUUGUUAUAUCAGGUCCACCACUGCCCAUGGCUAGGAUUGAUGAGAACGCGGUUACAAUCACCAAAUCCACCAUACUGUUCCAGUUCAACUGCAGCUGGUUCAGUGACAUCAACGGCGCCGUGAAGUUCUUCACCAUCGUCAUCAUCGAGUCUGACGACAGUGAACGCCAGCAGCCGCAGCAGGUUCAUCCUCUUCCCUCAUACCUGGACUACAGGUCCAACAGCUCCAUCAAAGCCUAUCAGACCAGCUUCUUCCGCAGCCACUGUGACGAGAGCCAGAGCCCGGCGCAGGAGUUCAGGGUCCAGCUGGGGUCAGGGAUGGAGAGUCUGGGAGGACGCUGUGAUCAGAAAACAUCCACAGGAGGAUCUCAGGAGCAGACGGCCUUCUGUGAUGGACCGCUAAAGCCCAGGACUGCAUACAGACUCAGCGUUCGAGCGUUCACCAAACUCUACGAUGAGGAUCGAGAGGAGUUUCUCUCUCCGCUAUACACCGACACGUACCUGUCCAAACCCCUGCUGACCCAUGCAGAGCCGCUGAGCGGGGUCAUCGAGGGCGUCAGCGCUGGACUCUUCCUCAUCGCCACCAUGGUGGGCUUAAUCGUGCUGCUGGUCUGCAGACAGAAGGUCCACAAGAUGAGCGCACAAGAGCCUGUGGUCAGAAUGAGUCUGAGAAGAGAA